AUGCCCGCAAGGUUGGCUUUGGCGGUGAUGGCGUGGUUCGGCUUCAUCAACCUGUAUAUGGUGAGGAUCAAUUUGUCCGUCAUCAUCGUGGCAAUGGUACGCCGGAAUACGACUGUGGCUACCGCACCUCCAUGUCUCAGCAACUACAACAGCACACACGGAAGUUCUGGGGAGCAUGAACGUUUUAAUACUGAUGAGGAGGGAGAGAUGGACUGGGACGAAACGAUCCAGGGACUUAUACUGGCUGGUUUCUUCUACGGUUAUGUUGUAUCGCAGAUUCCUGGUGGUCGGAUGGCGGAGCUAUAUGGGACGCGGUGGGUAUUCGGAGGCUGCAUCCUGGCGGGGGGAGUCUGCGCUCUGCUGUCCCCCGUCGCCGCCCGCGCUCACUAUGGCGCCUUUAUUGCUCUCAGGAUUGUGCAGGGAAUAUUUCAGGGUGUCUCAUGGCCGGCCAUGCAUUCAUGCAUUUCUCACUGGAUUCCGCCGCUUGAAAGGCCGAGGAUCACGCCGGAAGAGCUGAAGUACAUCGAGGAGACGCUGCAAAGGUCUGGCACGAACACCAGCCGGUCAGUGAAGCUUCCCCUGAAGAGCAUCCUGAGAAGUAUGCCUGUCUGGGCGAUCAUCGUAGCCAGCGCCGGCAACACCUGGGGCCUCACAGUGUUCCUCGCCAAGCUGCCCACGUACAUGAAGAACAUCCUUGGGUUUACCAUAACAGAGGAAAUGGAGGUCCUUCAGAAUGGGUUCCUGUCGGCCCUCCCGUUCCUGCUGCGCUACAUGGGGGCCAUCAUAUGGAGCUCCCUCGGGGACUGGCUGACCAAACGCGGCUUCCUGUCCAUCUGUGCUUCGCGGAGAAUAUUUAGCGCUAUUGCAUUGUGGGGUCCUGCAGUAAUGGUUCUUGGCGUUGCACACUCGGGCUGCAAUUGGCAAGCAACUGUAAUACUGAUUUGUUUAGCGCUCUUCUGUAAUGGUGCCGUGACUGCUAGCAUCAUUGUCAACCACACUGAUAUCGCCCCAAAUUUUUCAGGUGAGGCUUUAAAUAAGAACUGGUUUUAA